CUUGGCUGGUCAAGAUUUAGGUUCAUACAGAAAAUUUAAUUGACAAAGGGGAAGUUGAAGAGCUAAUUAUAUUUGAACUUUUAGCCAUUAUGAAAUUACUUGAGGUCGAAAGUAAAAGAAAGAAAUCUGUGAUAGAAUAGGAAUUAGGAAGUCCGGAUAUGGCUAUGGUUCAUGUGCCCUCGCCCCUUUUCGCUUCGCUCAAAGGAAAAGUUGAUAUUCGCGUUUCGUGCUUCUCUACUAGUACAUCAGAACCUAUUGAAGCAAGAAAAAACAAGUCUCCUGUUGCUUACAAGCCCGGCGUGUUUGAUAACUUGUUCCUAAGUCUAUUCCGGAACAAAAUGGAGACUCGGUGGGACUCUGAUAAGCCUGGGUACGAGGGGCUAAUUGAAGUGGCACAUCGUCUGACUGUUGGUCAAAACAAUUCCGAAACUAGAGACGCCGCGGUCCGGAUAUUGAGAUCACUAUUCCCUCCUCUGUUGUUGGAGCUCUACCGGAUGCUUGUUGCACCUAUAGAUAGUGGUAAAUUUGCAGCCUUGAUGGUUGCAAGGGUGACUGCAUUAUCUUGUCAAUGGCUCAUGGGUCCGUGCGCUGUUAAUUCGGUGGAUCUUCCUAAUGGUUCCUCUUUGAUGAGUGGG